UGAUUGCGUAUUAUUGUUGCUCUGGAACUGAAAUUGAUGCUUUUCAAAGCCACAUAUGUUAGCAAUGAAUGUAACAAUUCUGCUGUUGAUUUCCUUUUCAAAAAUGUUACAGAAGACAUUAAAGAUAGAAAUUGGUGUGUAGUGACUGAGUUCGAUGUUAUCACCACUUUCAUAAAUGGUAAAUUAUAUGCGGCAACACUAAUUUUAGUGUUUUGUAUCUAAUGAGAAAAUUAUUUGCAUGGCAACACUUGAAAUCUUAUUUAUCAAAUUAAAAAAAUAAUAAUAAAAAUUUUCACCAGGCUACUGCUCCUCCAUUUUACAUUCAAAUUAAAAUAUACAAAAGUUUUUUAUUUUUUGUUGCUUUUUUUUAUAAGAAAAAUUUGUUAAUUUUUAAAUUUAAUUUGCUUUUAUUAUUUGAUAUAACUCAGAAAAUUUUAAUAUCCAUGGAUGACAAUGUUUCAACAAUAUGUAGCAAUAUAUUAUCUACAACAACAUUUGAUAAGUCUACUGAAAACGCUUUAAUAACAUCAGACACAAAUCAAAUAAAUUCGAAUGAUAACGUGGAAUGCGCCAAUUGUGGGAUUGUUAUGAGUUCUGAAAACAUUCAAAAUUAUAAUUUAGAUAAUGAUAAUCCAGAAAUCGAAAAUGAUAACAAUAAAUAUAUAUUGUUGGGUAAUAAUAAAACUUUUUCAGUGCAAGAGCAACAAAAAGAUCUAUUUAAUAAUAGAUUUUCAGAAUGGAUACAUUGCAUGUGUGUUGUAACAUUUGAUCUUGAACUUGGACAAGCAAUGGAGGAAAUAUAUCCAAAAAAUUCAAUUUUAUCUGAACAAGAAAUUAUGAAUAUCUGUUAUUUAGCAUUUCCUGAUUCAAAUUCAAGUUGUAUGGGUGAUACACAAUAUCACGUACGUUUAAGGUUAUCAUGUGAUAAUAUUGAUUCGCUUCCACUGAAUCCAAUUCAACAGAAAUUUAAUGCUCAAUGUAAACCAAUACAGAGACCUGAUUUAGCACAUUACUGGGGAUUUGUAUAUUUUAGACAAAAAAAAGAUAAAACGAUACCUAGAGGAUAUUUUCAGAAGAGUUUUAUUAUAUUAACACGUUUACCAUUUUUCAAUUUAUUUAAUGAAAUUGUAUCAGCGAUAGCACCGCGAUAUUUUAAUGAUGGCAAAAAAGUUUUAGAAAUUGUAUACGAUCAAAUUAAUCAAUGGCCAUCUUUACAAGCUGGUGAAUCUUAUAAUCUAAAUUUAUUAGGUACGAUUUAUCAAACAGAUAUACCAAAAUCAAAUAGCAAAACUCAUAAUAAUAGAAAUAAAAACAAUUCAUAUGUAAAAACCCUUAAUUCAAAGAAUAAUUAUAAUAAUAUUUCACCAUCAACAUAUGAUAAUAAUAUUGAUAAAUCAAACGAUUCAAUAAUUAUAAAUAAUGAUAAAUAUGAUGAUGUCAAAGAAAUAAACAAAAACCUAGGCAAUUUGUGUAAAAAAUGUAAAAAUAAUGAAAAGCAAAAAAAUAAUAAUUAUGUAACAAAAUUUAUUGGUCCAACAUUACCACCAAAAGUUUUAACUUCUGUUCAUGAAAUUGAUAUAUUUCGUUCGUUAUCAAUUUAUAUAUCAAGUAUAUAUACACUAUGGGAGUUAGUUUUAAUAGCUGAACCAAUUGUUGUAAUGGGGUCAUCACCAGCGGAUUGUUCUCAUAUGGUUCAGUCACUUAUUUCACUAAUAUAUCCGUUAUGUUAUUUAGCUGAAUCUCGACCAUAUUUUACAAUACAUGAUAGUGAAUUUAGAGAAUUUACUUCACCAUCAACUAAUUUUUCAGACAUAAAUAUCAAUAGUGGAGGUUCUAUAGGAAAUAAUGAUACAAGUCAUAGUAAAACAAAUAAUUCUCAUUCGAUGCCACCAUCAAUUAUAUUAGGCGUAACAAAUCCUUUUUUUGGAAAAUUAUUGCAACAUUGGCCUAAUAUGAUUAAAUUACCUGAUAAUUCACAACAGAUGUAUUCUAUAAUACCGAAGUUUUCAUUUGGUUGUAAUAGUAAUAGUUUGGCAAGUCAUGAAACAAAUAAUAGCUUAAGUAAUAUAGAAUAUUUAUCAAAUCCUUCAAAAAUAAAAGUGAAAAAUCCUGAUUUAUUAAAAAAUUUUAGCAGUUGUAACAGUGGUAUUAAUAAUAUAUCAACUAGUAAUACAAAUUUAUUAAAUAUUGUUACCGGUAAUUCUGAUGGAAGUAAUGCACCAGGGCUCUAUACAAAAUAUAAACCGUUUUUAAAAAAGGAUAAAACUUUUAUAAAAACAAUACAAAAUGGAGUAAAAACAAAACGGCCCGAGCAAGUACAAACAUUGUUAUUGAGGCAACAUUUUUUGGAAUUAACCGAAAGUUUUACAAUACCCCUAGAACGUUAUAUGGCAUCAUUAUUGCCAUUACAAAAAGAUAUAAGCCCAUUUAAAGCAGCUCCAAAUCCAAAUGAAUUUAAGCAAGAUGAAUUUUUGGCUACGCUAGAACAAUCUGGACCACAUUUAACAUCAUCGUUAAAGGGUAAUUGGAAAGGAUUAUAUAUAAAAUUUUUUAAAUCACCAAAUUUCAAAGGAUGGUACGAGUGUCGUUAUAAAGAGCUUAAGCAAACAUUACAAGAACUACAAUUAAAAGCUUUAUCUGAUGCUGAUUUGAAUCAAUGGGCACAAGGUAAACAGGAAGUAGAAAUAAUUGAUAUGAUAUUAAAGUUAAAACAAAAAUUAAAACUUUGCUCAGAAACGCAAUCAUAUAAUGAAGACGUGUUGAAUUCACCAACAAGAAUUCAAUUAACAAAACAAAUUGAAAACAUAACUCAAUCUUUACCAGAUGAUCUUAAACUUAUUAUACAAAAAUCAACCUGAAAUUUUAGUAAAAAAACUCAAAAAGACAAAAAAAAGAACUAAACAAAAAUUAAAAUUAAACAAGUUUUUUUUUUAAAGAAAUGUAGGUAUAUUCUAAUAAAUUUGAAUUUUGUAAAAUAAAAUAACAAAUAUUUGCAUGGAAUCCCUUUUAAAUUUUGAAAAUAAAUCAAUUUUAAGUUAUAUAAAAACAAACUUGUAUAAGACCUGUCUUUCGGUGAACAUAAAUAAAUCGUAUAGUAAAAAAUACUAGCUGAAAUUGAUAGGCAUGAUCUAUUCGUACAUGCAACUAAUAAAUCUAUCAA